ACGCGGCAGGGACAUCCCAGUCCCGCUUGGUGCUCCUCGCCCGCCACCCGUGCGCCCAGUCCGCGAGGCCAGCCCAGUUCUCCCGGUCCGCACUGCCCGCCGGCCGGCCCGUCCCCCACCGCAACCAUGGACGCCAUCAAGAAGAAGAUGCAGAUGUUAAAACUGGACAAGGAGAAUGCCAUCGACCGCGCAGAGCAGGCCGAGGCCGACAAGAAGCAAGCUGAGGACCGCUGCAAGCAGCUGGAAGAGGAGCAGCAGGCCCUCCAGAAGAAGCUAAAAGGGACGGAGGACGAGGUGGAAAAGUAUUCUGAAUCAGUGAAGGAUGCCCAGGAGAAACUGGAGCAGGCUGAGAAGAAAGCCACUGACGCUGAGGCAGAUGUGGCCUCCCUGAACCGCCGCAUUCAGCUGGUAGAGGAGGAGCUGGACCGAGCACAGGAGCGUCUGGCUACAGCCCUGCAGAAGCUGGAGGAGGCUGAGAAGGCAGCUGAUGAGAGCGAGAGAGGAAUGAAGGUCAUCGAAAACCGAGCUAUGAAGGAUGAGGAAAAGAUGGAGCUGCAGGAGAUGCAGCUGAAGGAGGCCAAGCACAUCGCCGAGGAUUCAGACCGCAAAUAUGAGGAGGUGGCCAGGAAGCUGGUGAUCCUGGAAGGAGAGCUGGAGCGCUCAGAAGAGAGAGCUGAGGUGGCUGAGAGUAAAUGUGGGGACCUAGAGGAGGAGCUGAAAAUUGUUACCAACAACUUGAAAUCCCUGGAAGCCCAAGCGGACAAGUAUUCCACCAAAGAAGAUAAAUAUGAAGAGGAGAUCAAACUGCUGGAGGAGAAGCUAAAGGAGGCUGAGACCCGAGCAGAGUUUGCUGAAAGGUCGGUGGCAAAGUUGGAGAAAACCAUCGAUGACCUGGAAGAUGAAGUCUAUGCACAGAAGAUGAAGUACAAGGCCAUCAGUGAGGAGCUGGACAACGCACUCAAUGACAUCACCUCCCUCUGAGCCCCUUACCAGUGUGGCCCUCGGCCCCCUCUCUCUUCUCCUUUCCAUUUUCUCUAUGGGAAGCAGGGCCAGCAGGAGGAGCAGAAAUUGCCAACACUGCACAGCCAGGCUGGGUGCAGCCUAGGAGAGCCCCCGCCACAUCCGCUGCCCAUCCUGGCACUUGCUUCAUCCUUCUAUAUCCAUCCACUCCUCCCUCUACCCACCGGCCUCCACCACUCUCUGCUGCUUAAUAAACUCCAUUUGGUCUCCA